AUGUCGUCUUCCAAAACCCAGACCACUGUUGCAGCGAAGCCUAUGAUACUUGAAACCAAGUAUCAGUUGGAUUAUGCGGACAUUCCCAUCCUCGACUUUGGAGAGUUUGACCGGCCCGGCGGGGUGGAGCGACUCGUUGCUCAAACAAAAGAGGCAGUAGAGGGAACGGGCUUCUUCUACGUCGACAACUUUGGCCUGUCGGUGGACGAGAUCAACGAGCAAUGGGAGCUCGGCAAGAAGAUCCUGGCGCUGCCCGACGAGGAGAAGCUGAAGUACCGCGCGGCGCUCGAGGACGGAGACUACAACGGCUACCGGCCGCUGGGGGCGAUCGAGCAGUUCCCGGGGCUGCGGGACAACUGGGAAUGCUACCACAUCUUCAAGUUCAUCCCGGAGCACGAGCGGGCGCACCCGGCCGUGGUGCGCGAGCACCUGGCGCAGAUUGAGAGGUUCCACCGGCACGUGCACGAGCAGGUGGCGUACCGGGUGCUGCGGCUGCUGGCGCUCACGCUGGAGAUGGCCGAGGACUUCUUCGUCGACCGGCACCGGUACGAGGCGCGCUGCUCGUCGUUCCUGCGCUACAUGAAGUACCACCCGCGCAGCGCGGAGACCAACGCGCGGUACAAGCAGAUCUACACGCGCGGGCACACGGACUUUGGCAGCGCGACGCUGCUCUUCUCGCAGCCGGUGGGCGGGCUGGAGCUGGAGGCGCGCGACGGGGCGGGGUGGAAGGCGCUGCGGCACCGCGAGGGCAGCAUCAUCGUCAACACGGCCGACAUGAUGCACUUCUGGACCAAGGGCUACCUGCACAGCUGCAUGCACCGGGUGGUGGCGCCGCCGCCGGACCAGGAGCACAUGGAGCGGUUCGGGCUCAUCUACUUCCUGCGGCCGAGCGACAGCGCGCGGCUCGAGGUGGUCGACAGCCCGCUGCUCCACCGGCUCGGCCUGGUCGACCAGCCCGAGAGCGAGGAGCUGCGGGCCAAGCGGCAGGUCACGGUGGGCGAGUGGGUGCCGGUGCAGACGAAGCGGAACUGGACGCCGUACGACCAGCAGCCGCAGUCGCAGCGCGAGUUUCAGUCAAUCUUCCGGUGA